AUGACGUCUUUUACGCCCACCGAGAGUGAGAAUACAACACAAUUGAUCCAACAAUUUACGGAUUAUCUUGAAUCGGCGGACCACCUGCCUAUCAUUAAGGAAUACAAAUAUAUUGUCGCCAAAGUUUGGAAUAAAGUUGGUGUAAAGGGGAAAACAGCAUUCUUUCAGACCAAAACCUCUUUUGAGCGCGUUUGUUUUUUAUUAAGAGAACUUGAAUCAAUAGCAGGACAGCAUUUCCGAGGAGCUGAAAAACUUGGGCUGGCAACAAGUAGCGAGGAAAUUCUUCAAAUCAAUGGAAAAUCGGAUGGAAUAUCAAAACGAUACCUCUCGUAUGGGAAAUUGGGAUUAAGAGAAAGGAAUAAGGAGGCAACCCUAAAAGCCUUAACAAAGUCCGUCUUUUAUGCCGCUUCGCCUGAGCAAUUAUCAGGGGCUCUUGGGAUGCGGUGCCGGUAUCUUCACCAUCUAAAGCUCUAUGAUGAGGCGAUUGAAGACGGGGUAAAGGCCUUGAGGUUACCUUGUCCAAAAUCAGAAAUUGGAAAAGUUCACCUCAGUUUGGCUAGUUGCUAUCAUAGAAAGAAAAUGCCAUUUGAGUCCCUACUUCACUAUACUGAAGCUCUAACGGCUUUUGUGGAUAGUGGCAUCACACGAAGUUUCAAGUAUGCUCAUAGCGUCGUUAAGGGCCUGGAUGACUGCUUCAAAGCAUUAGACAAAAUGAGUUCGAAGCCAUACGUUCCAGUGUGGAAAUGCUUGCGCCCAAAAGCCCCGAGGGUGAAAGAAUGGGUGAAGGAAAUGUCCCCAAAAUAUUCAAAAGGCAAUAGUAGCAGCAGCAGCAGCAGCAGCUCAAAUGCCAUUAACAUCAAACUUCUGUCAUCAACGAAUUGCGCUCUAAGCCUGAAAUAUACUGGUACCAUUGAAAAUGGCUGGACUCUGGUAUCAACUCGUGAUGUAUCCGCAGGCGAUAUAUUGAUGGUUGAAAAGCCAUGGGUCAUGAGCCUUUGGAAGGAGCGCACAAAGUACUGCUACUUCUGCUGCCGGAGAUGUCACAAUCUCAAACCCUGCUCCGGCUGCCCACACGUGGGCUUUUGCAGCGAGGAAUGUGAGGUGAAUGCAAAGAACCCCGACGAAACACCCAACGGAGGAAAUAAACACAUUUACGACUGCCACGGCCUUUGUCCCUUAAUCACUAUUGGCGGUUUCUCAACGCACAUUGCUUUCAAUAGCCUUGCAAAGGUUCCAAUGAAUAAGCUUCUGGAUUAUAUAUGUUCGACGGGAUCUUAUGAAGUACCAUUUUUCAAUCUCUUCCUCCUUUUCCCACUUAUGAAUAUUCAUAAUUUGUCCCUAUCUUCCUUCAGGGUGGAAGAGGUCACCAGGCAUUCAAAGGAGGGAAAGCAAUACGAAGAGUGCGCUGGGUAUCCAAUGGAAUGGUUCGAUGAAAGUGAAAAUACCUUUACCGACCCCUCAUCAACGCCCCGACCAAAAGUUAUUCCUGCAAGUUGGGUUGCAGCCUGCAUGCUAUACCAUAUUAUGGCAGCGCGCAUAAAUGCAUUCGAAAUUAGUGAGUCUAUAAGACGCAAUCCCCCUUCACAGUAUCGGAAGGUGGAAGAAUUUGGAACUGCCAUUUAUCCUACAAUUUCGCUUAUCAAUCAUUCAUGUUAUCCUAAUGUCAGUAUCAAAUUUAGUGACAGGGGAGAAGCAUUUUUAUUUGCCUCUCGACCUAUUCAUGCAGGGAGUGAAAUUUUGUUGACAUAUGCACAUCUGUUUUAUCUCUUGCCCACAAAAAAUCGGCGUGAUUUGCUCUUUAAAAAUUAUCAUUUCUAUUGCAAAUGUUGCGCUUGUGAGAAUGAUUGGAAUGAAUCCGUAUUUACUGCACCGGAAAAACUUAUUUGUCGAAACUGUGAGGAGGUCUUUCUCUAUCAACCCGAAGGAUGUCCAAAGUGUAAGUCAUUGGAAUCUGUGAACAUUUUCAACAAUUUGCGCAAUAGUGUUAUUCCGGAACUAGAACAAAAUCAACAAGAGGGGAACUACAAGUUUGAAGAUUUAAAUAAUAUUGCAGAGCAUAUUAAUAAAGCCCUAGCGGUUCUGCAACAACCUUCUUCCACAACUCUCCGCUUACAUCAUUUUCUUGAUGAGCAUAUAUGUCGUAUUUACGAAAAUCAAACUAUUGAACAAUGGGUCAAUUUUAAACCUUCUCGGUCAACUUGA